AUGUCCUCCAGAUUGGCGAGCGCUGACGGUAUGACGUUAUUUUCGAUGGUCUCCAUCCAGUAUCCUCGACGUGCAAGCGAGAGCAAGCUUCAUGAAGAACUUGUGAAGCAUGCUCAGAGGGCAUAUCAGAGUGUUUUCGGUAGUUACGAAGAUCCUCACUAUCGCCCUUAUUUUCGAGACGGGCUAUCCCAAAGGUUCUCCAGCGGUCGAGUUUUGUUAGAUGUGCGCAAGUAUCUCGCAGAGGUGACGUCGCAAAAAAAGUCGUCGAAAACGUAGUA